AUGAGACUGUUCCUCAUCCGCCAUGCAGAAUGCCAGCAUAAUGUGGGCCAAGCAUUGUAUAAUCGCCGGCCAGUCGGGCCUGACCCCCUUGGGUGCGAACAGGCCAUGCGGCUUGCUCGGUAUUUUCGCGAUCGUCCAAUUCGCUUCAACCGUGUUCUGUCGUCGGAUCUCAGUCGUGCUACCCAGACUGCUCGGAUCAUCUGUCGGCAUCAGCUGCGCAGUGGUCCUCCGCUGGAGCCUUUUCAGACCGCGAAGUUACGGGAGCGGUGUUUUGGAUGCGGAUCAAUGCCAAAUGCGCCGCUACGAGCCGAGUCGGUUGCCUCGAUGAAGUUGCGAAUCAAUGGAUUCCUGCGAGAUCAGAUCUUGCCGCUGAUGGCCGAUCGCACUACUAGCAGCGAUGCGGUCAUUGGGUUGGUGGCACAUGGGAUGAUCUUGCAGGUUCUUUGGUCGUGUUUGGCGGACCUCUUCGGCUCGCAGUCGUUCCAUGUGGCUGAUAGUGCGAGUACCGAUGACUACAUGCACCCAGUCUGGUCCAAUACUGGUGUCAUGGAAGUCGACAUUCGUCCAGGGGGGCCGCCACAGGAGCUGCUGAUGGCAAAUGCCCUGCAAGUGAAUGUGGAACCACCCUGGCUUAUGAAGGACCAACCACCGACGCCGCUUGGUGGAAGCCCUUCGUUGAUCGGAUGGUCGGUCACCAUCCUGGCGGUGGAUAGCACGCUCCAUCUCGAGAUGGAUGGGAUGUACACUACCAGGCAAUGCGCAAGGCAAACGAUGGACGAACUCGUGUCGACUGCUUGA